GGGUCCUUGCGCCAUGGCCCGAACGCCCGGGGUGCGGCGCUGACGGCGGCCGGCGGAGCUAGCCAUGCCCAGCAGGACCGGCCCCAAAAUGGACGGGAGCGGCUGCCGCGUCCGCCUGAAGGCGCACUACAGCGGGGACAUCCUGAUCACCAGCCUAGAUGCAGCCAUGACCUUCGAUGAGCUCUGUGAGGAAGUGAGAGAGAUGUGCAGUCUCCGUCAGGGGCACCCGCUCACCCUCAAGUGGGUGGACAAUGAAGGUGACCCCUGCACCGUGUCCUCCCAGAUGGAGCUGGAGGAGGCCUUCCGCCUGGCCUGUCAGCGCAGGGACGAAGGGCUCAUCAUUCACGUGUUCCCCAGCAUCCCCGAGCAGCCAGGCAUGCCUUGUCCGGGAGAAGACAAAUCCAUCUACCGCCGCGGAGCCAGAAGAUGGAGGAAGCUGUAUCGCGCCAACGGCCAUCUCUUCCAGGCCAAGCGCUUUAACAGGAGAGCGUACUGUGGCCAGUGCAGUGAAAGGAUAUGGGGUCUCGCAAGGCAGGGCUACCGGUGCAUCAACUGCAAGCUGCUGGUCCAUAAACGCUGCCACGUGCUCGUCCCGCUGACCUGCAAAAGGCAUAUGGAUUCUGUCAUGCCUUCCCAAGAACCUGCAGUAGAUGACAAGGACGACGUGGACCUUCCUUCUGAGGACACCGAUGGAAUUGCUUACAUUUCUUCAACCCGGAAACAUGACAACAUUAAAGAUGAUUCUGAGGACCUCAAGCCGGUUAUCGAUGGGAUGGACGGAAUCAAAAUAUCUCAGGGGCUCGGGCUGCAGGACUUCGACCUAAUCAGGGUCAUCGGGCGUGGGAGCUACGCCAAGGUCCUCCUGGUGCGGCUGAAGAAGAAUGAUCAGAUGUACGCCAUGAAGGUGGUGAAGAAGGACCUGGUCCACGAUGACGAGGAUAUUGACUGGGUACAGACAGAGAAGCAUGUGUUUGAGCAGGCAUCCAGCAACCCUUUCCUGGUCGGCUUACACUCCUGCUUCCAGACAACAAGUCGGCUCUUCCUGGUCAUAGAGUACGUCAAUGGCGGGGACCUCAUGUUCCAUAUGCAGAGACAGAGGAAGCUUCCGGAGGAGCACGCCAGAUUCUACGCUGCUGAGAUCUGUAUUGCUCUCAACUUCCUCCAUGAGCGAGGGAUCAUCUACCGGGAUCUGAAACUGGACAACGUCCUCCUCGACGCUGACGGCCACAUCAAGUUAACAGACUACGGCAUGUGCAAGGAAGGCCUGGGCCCUGGUGACACGACCAGCACUUUCUGCGGAACCCCAAAUUACAUCGCCCCAGAAAUCCUGCGGGGGGAGGAGUAUGGCUUCAGCGUGGACUGGUGGGCGCUGGGGGUUCUGAUGUUUGAGAUGAUGGCCGGACGCUCCCCCUUUGACAUCAUCACCGACAACCCCGACAUGAACACCGAGGACUACCUUUUCCAAGUAAUCCUGGAGAAGCCCAUCCGGAUCCCCCGAUUCCUCUCCGUGAAAGCCUCCCACGUCCUGAAAGGAUUUUUAAACAAGGACCCCAAGGAGAGGCUCGGCUGCCGGCCACAGACGGGAUUUUCCGAUAUCAAGUCUCACGCAUUCUUCCGCAGCAUAGACUGGGACCUGUUGGAGAAGAAGCAGGCCCUUCCGCCAUUCCAGCCCCAGAUAACCGACGAGUACGGUCUGGACAACUUCGACACCCAGUUCACCAGCGAGCCUGUGCAGCUGACCCCAGAUGAUGAGGACGUCAUAAAGAGGAUCGACCAGUCUGAGUUUGAAGGUUUCGAGUACAUCAACCCGUUACUGCUCUCCACCGAGGAGUCCGUGUGAGGCCGUCUUCUCUGUCAUGGACACGUCUGUGAAUGACCCCUUCACUCUAUCCUUAACCACAGCGCAUGCAUGCCAGGCUGGGCGCAAGGCUCCAAGCGCGGCCAGGAGGGACACUUGCCGCUGAGACCGCGGACGGGGCGUCCAGCCGGCGCUUCUCGGAGCGGAACAGUCUGGCGUCCGGGCCCGCGCGGCCGGCUUCGUGAUGGAGGAGUUUGCUUCUUGUGCCUGCGCCGCGGAGGCCCCGCGGUGACCGCGUCCGAGGGAGAAACUGCCCCACGAUUUCGAAGGUGCACACUUUCCACAGAAACAGAACUGACCUGCUCCGCCAGGAGAGUUAGCCUGUAAUGUCCUGAGGAAUAAAAUGUGCCCAUGAUGU